CGAAGCUGCUCGCUCCGCAGUCCUCCGCUAUGAACUCAAACGUUAACAUCGCACUGUCCGGAUUCAUCCGGGCCAACAACGGACUCAGGUUGAUCCAGGACCGAAACUGCAUCGUGCGCAACACUCGCAGCGGAAGCACUUCCACGACUGGGGUGAAGCUGAUUUCCGGUGGCGGCAGUGGCCAUGAACCGGCUCACAUUGGCUACGUUGGCCGCGGGAUGCUGCACGGUGCCGUUUGUGGGGACGUUUUCGCGGCGCCAUCUGCGACGGCCAUCCUGGACUGCUUGCGGACGGUGGCCACCGAUCCCGGCGGGGACAGUGUGCUGUUCGUGGUGAACAACUACACCGGCGAUCGGUUGAACUUUGGGCUGGCGAUGGAGCGGGCUCGAUCGUUGUACGGAUAUUGUCGGGUUCGGAUGCUGCUGAACGAUGACGACUGCUCGAUUGAGGAUUCGAUGGUUGCGCGGUCCGUUGGGAAACGUGGACUAGCGGGAAAGGUGCUGUUGAUCAAGAUUUUGGGCGCGAUGGCCGAGUUGGGAUUUUCGUUGGAUGAGUUGUACGAGUACGGGGAAGGGCUGUUGCGGAAAGGCCACAUGGCGACGUUUGGGUUCACCUUUGAGAUGACGGACGGAGAUAAGCUGCGAAAUGUUGAGCUAGGUAAGGGACUUCAUGGUGAGCCGGGAGUGUACAAGAUGGAUGAGUGCGAUGGAUUUGAAUCGAUUGUUUGGUUUAUGAUGGAGAGAAUGGUCAAGAAAAUGCCAGAAUUUGCAGAGGUUGUAGUGCUGGUUAACAACCUUGGAGGAACAUCGGAAAUUGUCGUUGGAGUUUUCCUGGAUGUUUUGACUAAAUUGUUGGAAACGCGCUACCGAAUUCGGCGGAUCUACUGCGGAACUUACUUUUCGUCCCUAAGCCAGGUCGGGUUGUCAGUCACCUUGCUGAACCUCGCUUAUAAUGACCAGCUGCUUGUAUAUCUAGAUCACGAGGUUCAAGUAGCUUCAAAACUGUUUGGAAGUGGUCAAUCGUUUCAUCUUGAACCUUCCGAUAGAGUCAAGUUCGAUACCAUCGUCGAGGUAGAAACUCGCCCAAAUCCCGACCUGUUCAAAAUUAAACUUCAAGAAUCCAGCACUUCCCUCGUAAACAACACCCUCCACCACAUCGCCCAAGUGCUGCAAACCAGUCGCGACCUCUUGAACGCCUUCGAUCGCGAAUGUGGCGACGGAGACACCGGCAAUACCAUCGCCAACGGUGCCACCGCUUUGCUAGCUGCCCUAGCGACCGCCAGCAUUGACCUUCUCCAUCCGGCCAAAAUGCUCCAAGACAUCAGCACGAUCCUGCAGCUCAGCAUCGGUGGCACCUCCGGGGCCAUCUACAGUCUAUUCUUCCAGGCAGCUUCCAAAGCCUUUCAAACGUCAACCACUAACCGUUUCGCCGCCGUAACUCUCAACCACUGGUUAACGGCCCUCGCCGCCGGAAACGAUGCCAUCGUGCAGUACGCCCUCACGGAACUGGGCGACCGGACCAUGCUGGAUGCGCUGAGGCAGGGUGAGUUUCGGCUGAGGACCGCCGUCCAGCAGGGCCUCCCGACGAUGGAUUGCGUGGAGAUAUUUGCCGCGGCUUGCGGGGAAGCGGCCAAGGUCACGCAACAGAUGAGGCCACGCUCGGGCAGGGCGACGUACUCGGCUAGUGCGGGGGACGGUGGUGCGGACUAUCGGUAUCCGGAUCCGGGCGCGCAUGCGGUGUCGAUUUGGGCGCGCUCGUUGUUUGAGGCGUUUACGAUAUUUUUCAAUAAAUAAUUUAACGGUUCUAUAUGA